AUGUCUCCUUCGUUGCCGUUGGUCUCUGCCACAACUCUCUUUCGAGUAUGGAGUAACGGCCCUACAGCCUGGAGGCCUAUACGUGCUAUCUCGACACCUUCUGAUGCUAAAGCGAAGGAGUUCCAACAGAGUGCAGCAGAUCUAAUUCACUUCCAUUCCCACAGCCCGGCUCCGCUGAGCCGGCCUUCCGAGCCCGAGCCGCAUUCGACUCACUCGUUACCCCAUCCUAUUUGGGACUCGUCCUUGGUUAAUGAUGUAGAGCUCACUCACUAUCCUCCCAAUACUCUCGCUGACAAGGCAGCGUAUGCAUCAGUUCGAUCACUCCGCACAGUCUUCGAUCUCCUCUCUGGGUACCGGUUCGGACGUCGUGAUGCUAAGCUGUGGAUACGUCGAGUCGUUUUCCUGGAGACGGUAGCUGGAGUGCCUGGUAUGGUCGGGGCCAUGAACCGUCAUUUGAGGUCUUUGAGGAAGAUGGAGCGCGACUUUGGUUGGAUCCACACCCUCCUAGAAGAGGCUGAGAACGAGCGCAUGCACUUGAUGAUUGCACUCAGUCUGAUGAAGCCCGGCCCUCUCUUGAGGGCGUUAGUGUUGGGCGCACAAGGCGCCUUCUUUACCUUCUACGGCCUGGCCUAUGCCCUAUCCCCAAACUAUGCUCAUAGAUUCGUAGGCUACUUAGAGGAGGAGGCUGUAUUGACCUAUACAUGCCUGCUGCAGUCUGUUGACAAAGGUCAAAUACCCGAGUUCGCGUUACAGCAGGCCCCCUUCGUGGCCCAGGACUACUACCAACUGCCCUCCUCUGCUACACUAAGGGAUGUAUUUGCCUGCAUGCGAGCUGACGAGAGCCACCACAGAGAUGUGAACCACACAUUCGCUUUGAUGGGGAAGUACGAACCGAACCCAUUCCCCCCAGGGCAUUGA